AUCCUGAUCCUCUAUAAUACUUUGGCUCCAAAGGUAUUUGUAUGUAUUAGUAAGUAGUAUGAGUCAUCUGUAAUAUAUCUACAAUGUAAAUUGAGUAAUCUUCAUCAUUGACUUGAUAAAUGUAACUUCUUUUUGCCAAUGGAUUGUUGAAGUAUUAUUCUUAUUAUCUAUCUACUAUACAUAUUUGAUAUUACGAACAACUACAAUUUCUCGAACAAUUGAUGUAAAGAUGCCUCCAUUAAUUGUCCCCAAACCAGGCGAUAUGCCACCCCUCCGUCUCAGUAUCAACCAACGAUUGUCAGGUACAUGGGAGGAUGACCAAGGAAACUACCUGAUACGCGACUUCAGCGCAGAGGAAAAGGCGGAGUAUGAAUUGAUAAAUCAGUUAACGGAGGCCUCAUCAUCGCAUAGACUUGGUACGUUUCAUCAUACUGAAUUGUUUCCAACAGUUCAACGACAGCGUGUUUAGUUUAUUGAAAAGCGUGGUCUGACCGUACUGUUUUCAGGUGCUCAAAGUACGAUAGAGAAAGAGGAUCGAGUCCUCUUCGAAUUCAAGCGAGAUAUGAUUUUCCGAUAUAGGAUGAUGGGAAGAGAACUUCCAAGCACUGAUAUGGAUGACCCCGUCUUUGAAAAACUGUUAUUCAACCAAGAUGCAGAAACAUUGCGAAAGGAUAUCAUUUUCUAUAUUCAGUUAUGGAUGCGAAGAGUUGUUCCAAGAAGACUUACAGAUACACAACCAAAGAUAAGCAGCGCUACACAUCGUAGAACCCAACUCGAGAAAUGGAUCUUGGACAAGCGAGAUGCUCCCCUUUUCACAAGAAAGUUCAACCGGGAAAUCACCAAGGGAAUCCACCUUGUUGCAAAGGAUUUAUGAGGAGGGAGAAUUUGGGGGGCUGAAAAUAUAACCAAAGUCUAUUUUGGUCGAUAUGAAUUGAAACAGCUACUUGAUUGGCAAGCAUUAAAUACCAUUUCACGCGAGGUCAGCGAACAGCAUGAGCUAGCUUGGUGUUUGGGGUGCGUUUGUGGGGUGAGGCCAGGCUCCCUCGCUGAGAAUCCAACCAGGAAAGGACAGUACUUAAGGUGGCAAGAUAUUGUUAUCACCCGGGCUAGUAGAACUCAUGAAGGUAAAGGUUUCCCUUUAUUUAAAGCGUAGUCCUAAGCGUGGUCAGACCACGCUUACCGCAAGAUCAAAGCUGACUCAGUAUUAGAAAUGGAAUCAUCCGAUUCACAGACACCGAAUAUUGGGAAGUUUAACAUGGUGGUUACCUUCCCGUACCUCAAAACGAACGGUGAAAAGGACAUGGAAACUGGAAAGGAAGCAAAGGUACUCCGAAUGACUCUGAAUUAUGUGCAAAAUCCGGAGAAUAUCGCUUUGUCCCCAACUUUAAGAGCCCUUGGUAUCAUGUUGAGAAGAGGAGUCAGAAAUCUUUGUUUCAUAAUGAAAACUGGAAGUGGAUAAGGAAAAUGAAACAGCUCUUUCCGGAUGGUAGAUUUAAAUGCCAAUACGAAAAGUAUCCGAAGGGAGAUUUCGAGUAUGCAGAUCACUAUAAUUUGAAGCUUCACAUCAUAGCCAUUGCGCGAUCUCUGGAUGAUGAUGCUCACGCGCGAGCCAUUCGAAGAGAUGGAUGGUUGGAGUCGGAUUUCUUUGGAGAGGAGCCAUUAAAGAGGGAUAAAAAACGAAAGUCAAACAAUACAGAAACAGAAACAGAAACAGAAAGAGGAAUAGAUAUAUUCUUAAAUGAAA